GGUUCAAUCAGGACGCCAGCGCUGUGAGGUGGUCGCCACGCUCCCACGGUCACUUGGCUGACGUGAGCCACUGGGGCGCGCACUGGGACGCGCACGGCGCCUCGCACGAGCCGGGGCUGGGCCGCGUGCGCUGCGCUCGCUGCGCUUCCUCCAGGCCCGUCGCGCGUGAUCCCUGCGGCUCGCAGCACCCGGUCCGCCGACGCGCGUGGCUGACAGCGAAGAGGGCAGAGGCCGCGCUCCGGCUGCCAAGAACCCCCGUCUCCUCGCCAUGAGUCCCGAGCCCGCGCCUCCGGAGCCGCAGGGCGUGCGACGCAACCUCGAGGAGCCCCCGGAGGAGCCCCAGGGACAGGGCUCCGCGGCCUUCCUCGCCGGCGACUACGAGGUGGCGGCCGAGCUCUUCCGCUCGCUGCUGGCCGGCCUGGCGCAGCCGGAGCGCGGCCUGUGCUUGCAGCUGGGGGAAGCGCUGGCCCGCGCAGGCCGCCUGCCCGAGGCCAUCGGCGCGUUCCGCGGCGCCGCGCUGCUCGGCCCGCUGCAGCCGGGAGAGCUCUCGGAGCUGGCGAGCGGCCUGGCGCGCGCCCUGGGCCUGCGCGAGAAACGGCCGCCGGUGGCGGCGAGGCCCAGCGGCGGCGCGUCCGGGACCCAGGGGCCCGUGGCGCCGCGCGACCUGCUGGGCUGUCCGCGUUGCGGGCGGCUGCUCUACAAGCCGGUGACGUUGUCCAGCGGGCUCACAGUGUGCAAGCGCUGCGUGGAGCAGGUGCCGGUGCGGGUGCAGGCCCGGCGCGUGAACGUGAUGCUGAGCGGGCUGCUGGAGAGGUGCUUCCCUGCCGAGUGUCGCCUGCGCAGGCUGGCGUGCCAGGCGCGGGGGCUGCAUCGCCAGCAGCAGCCCGAGGCCGCGCUGCUCAGGUGCCAGCAGGCCCUGGACAUGGCCCCGGAUGACAACUCAUUAUUGCUGCUGCGAGCUGAGUUAUAUUUAACCAUGAAGAACUAUGAUCAAGCCCUGCAGGAUGCUGAAGCAGUUUGUCAGAGGGAACCUCUCCUGACCAAGGGACACCAUAUAAAAGCCCAGAUUCUUUCUGGAUUGGGAAGAAAUAGAGAAGUGUUAAAGGAAUUCAUCUACUGCCUUGCUUUAAAUCCUGAGUGCAACUCGGCGAAGAAAGAAACACAGAAGGUAAUAUGUGAGGUGUUCUUUUCAGCUUCAGAAAAUGAGCACCAGACCUCAACAUCUUCCACCGAAACUGGCCCCGAGGCCCUGUGUGAUGGCCAGACAAAUCCCCAGUAUCCUCUGGAAGAAGCAGGCGGUCACGCUAAGGCAGGCAAUCCUAAGACUCCAUCUGAGAAGUCAGAUGUACCCGCAGAUAUCAACUCUUCGGUUUUAUAUUUUAUUCUGGGCCUCCACUGUGAGGAGGAUAAAAAGGCUCUGGAAGGCAUUGUCCCAGCAGCCCCCAGCGGCACCUUGAAGAGGCAGCUUCCCAGUGAUGCCGAGGACGACGAGGAGCUCAACGCAAAUACCCCUGAGAAGAUUCCCAAGAAAGAUGCAGACUCCUCACCUCAGAGGAAUGCGAGCUCAUUAGAGGAAGAGCCGGAGUUCACAAUCGAUGCGACUGACUUUGAGUGUGCGCUGUGCAUGAGGCUGCUCUUUGAACCUGUCACUACACCCUGUGGGCAUACGUUUUGCCUCAAAUGCCUCGAGCGUUGCCUGGACCAUGCCCCUCACUGUCCACUGUGCAAAGACAAGCUUACAGAGCUGUUGGCAACCAGAAAUUUUAAUGUAACUGUUCUGACUGAAGAACUGAUAUUCCAAUACUUACCAGAUGAGUUAUCUGACAGAAAGAGGGUCUAUGAUGAAGAGAUGUCGGAGCUGUCCAACCUGACCAGAGACGUGCCCAUCUUUGUGUGUGCCAUGGCCUUCCCUACGGUUCCCUGCCCUCUCCAUGUGUUUGAGCCCCGCUACCGGCUCAUGAUAAGGAGAUGCAUGGAAACUGGCACCAAGCGAUUUGGCAUGUGUUUAUCCGCGGAGAACGCAGGGAUUUCAGAGUAUGGCUGCAUGUUGGAGAUAAAGGAUGUCAGGACUUUCCCUGAUGGAAGCUCUGUCGUGGAUGCAAUUGGGAUCAGCCGCUUCAGAGUCCUAAGCCACCGCCACCGAGACGGCUACAACACAGCGGACAUCGAGUACCUGGAGGACGAGAAGGUGGAAGGUCCAGAGUUUGAAGAACUUACCGCCCUCCAUGAGUCUGUUUACCAGCAGUCUGUUUCAUGGUUUGCUUCACUUCAGGAUCACAUGAAGAAACAAAUUCUUAGCCAUUUUGGGUCGAUGCCAGACAGGGAACCAGAGCCACAGAGCAAUUCUAGUGGCCCUGCCUGGUCCUGGUGGAUUCUGGCCGUGUUGCCCUUGGAACGCAAGGCUCAGCUGGCCAUUCUCGGCAUGGCCUCCCUGAAAGAGCGUCUUCUUGCCAUUCGACGAAUAUUAGUCAUCAUUACACGUAAGCUGAAUAGUCGCCAAGAAAUGGCUAACAACACACAGAGAGAUAAUUGAUUUUCCUCUAGAUUAAGGUUGCCGGAAGCCCCUGUGUUUUUGAGUUCCAGACACUGACAAAUACCCGUCCUCUUGGCGCACUUUGUAUAAUCUUGUCAAUGUGGUGGUAAGUGGGAUGUUUGCCAAAUACUGAUUUUUUUCACACAGUAGAAGUCUAUCUGCUAGACUUGGACACUGUACAAGAUUCGACUGAAGUUCAAGUGGAAGGUACAGGUGAGAAAUCCUUGAGAACCUCCUCAAAGCAGAUGCUUCAAGACUACAGCUCACUACAGUAUGGGACGCACACAUGGGUGAUGUGACUUCGGUGUCAAAGGUGAUUACACUCCUAGCUAGUAUCUUGACAUGAUAGGUGGACAAUGCGUGUGCCAGUGUUUAGACAGUGAGUGAGAACAGACAUAUUAAGAUAUAAGCAAGCCAGAACUGGACUUGGGUUCUGUGUGUCGCUGUGAACUUGUUUGCAAAAUUAAUGAACUGAAUCACUACCCGGUCCUUACCGAAGAAUUAAGUUAUUACCGGGCAGAGCCGUGUCUGUGUUUCGUGUCCUGCUGUAACCCCAGGUGCUGUAAAUUGCAUGUUGUAAUUAAAUGAAUGUAAAACUACAAGAAGAUGUAUCUUACAUAUAGAAAGGUCUGAGGAUUGCCAGUAUUUUGAGAAUAUAUAUUCCUAAACACUCCAGAAGGGUAGUCAAAAAUGAGUUCAGAUGUGUGUCCAUUGGGAAUGUCAAACAUACAGCCAAACGCAUUGUAAACAAAGUUUUAUCUUUAUUCAACUGGAAAAUUUCCAUCAGAUAAUGAUAAGUGUAACUCCCGACCUCCAGUGCAUGUUGGGAAUAUCACUUGGAAUAACCCUGACAUUCCUGCUGCUGCCUGAGCAGCUGGUGCAGACAGCCUGCUGCUUAGUCUGUAAGAUGUGCAUCCCGACUGACAAGACCCUGCUGAGCGAUCUCAGCAGCACUGGCUGCUUUCUUCAUUUGAGGUGUGUGGGUUUAACUUAAAUGUGUAUUUUAUGAUACAAAAUGUUGAUGGCUUAUCAACCCAUCAAGCAUUUUAUUAGAAAGCCGUACGAUCACAGCAGUGCUGAUUUUAGUGUUCUUUUCAGUAACAGAAACUCAGCUUCACCAUGGGACUUAGAAUAAAAAACGCCCGUCUCAUUUACUAUGAACCUUUGACUUCACCCUUGAGAGGGACUAAAAGCCCUUUUGAGCAAGGGCUUUUCCAUUCCACGCAUUAAGAGUUCAACUCUAUGUAGCAUUUAUGACAUCAUCUGGCCACUUAAAACUAUAACUCUUGUGACAGAAAUCCUUGACUAGAAUUUGCUCAUGGCAGUUAACGGGUUUUGAAUUAUUCUUUUUCUUUUUUGGGAAAAAAAAGUAGGAAUUGGUAUUGUUACUGUUUCUGUUUGGAAGUGUCUCUCCAGUGUGAACAUAGCUUCUCCAGGACUCUUCUGGAAGUUCUGUGUCUGUGCUGAGUUAGUGUUGGGAAGGUUUUUCUUCUACCUGCUGACAUGUUAGCUUUUAUAACUUACUGAGUUCAGAACCAUUAUGCUGCUCUUUCCUGGUUCUGUCCACCUCUUUAUUCCCCUCAAUGUUCUUACGUAAAAGCCCCCAUGGCAGUGAUGCUAAGGAGAACAAGAGAAGUUUUUGGGAUUCAGUGACAAAGAGAAUGUGGCAUGAUUGUCACAUUCUCUGUUACACAUUGCACUGUUCGUAGCAGACCAGUAGUCACUGGGUACUUUUAGGGGAAUCUUGGUUAUUGGACAAUUUCAGUAGCACAAAAGUUAAAGUACCACCAUUGCCCCCAACCAAGGUAGGGAUGUUCUCUCUGAACUGUACUGGGUGUCAAUUUAUAAAUGACAGUGAAGAAUGAAUACCAUUGAGAGAGAAGUUUACUGUUCCAGACAAAGAGAGGCUCAUCGCCUAGGCUCUGUGAGAAGCAGUUAUGUCAGGCGGCUAGGAGUGCAGGUGACUCUCAGGUUCCAUUGCAUGGGUUUCAGUUUUAACAAUAAUGGAUUGUAAUAGCAUCAGGCAGAAGAGACCUCGACUACUCACCAAGCCCUUUCUUGAUGGCAUCAUACUAGAUGUGCAAAACCCUGUUUUCCAGAAUUACAGACAACUCCAGAGCUCCUGUGCUAGCUGAGUGGCUGUGUAAAAAGUCCUCCAAUUCAUUGUUAUCCCCAGAACAAACUGGAGCAAACUCUUUGGUCUGAGCCAACUAAGAAUUUAGAGUUUCUUUCUCCAUGGCUCUCACUGGGUUGCAGCAGCUCCUUCUGAACAAGAUGCAUUUUAGGAAGAAAGAAACUCUGUCAAUCAACAAACCAGGUCAGCAGACCCCAGGCUGGGCUUAAGCAGUAACCCCGCCAUCCCCAACAAUGGUUAUGAGUAGCAGGAUUUAGUACAUUUCCAUAGUUUGUAUGGAGAUUAAAAGGAGACAAAGGAUUUCCAAAGAAUGUUUGACUGGAAUGCAGCAGACAGGGUUUCCGCAGACUGUAAAGCAUACAAGAAAAACCCAUUCCCUAAACCUGAUGUAGAAGAGGCCCCUCCCUACCGGUUUGACAGUAACCUCAGUGGCUGCUCCUGCUUCUAAUGAGGACAUCCCUAAGGCCAAGUACACAGUGCACAGUGGUCCUCUGCUCUCCACUCACAUACUCACUAAAAACUUCUGCUUCCUGGUGGAUACACCUAGUGUAAUUUGGAAGUUGAAUAGCUGGGGCUGAUUACGAAGUCAGCUUCAUCUGGCCCAAAGCUCCUCACCCUGACUUUCAAGGCCAAGGUUCAUAGUGAGUUCCUACAAGAGCCGGGCUGUUAAUGGACUUGAACCUGUCGUAUCCCACAGAACCCAAAAGGACGCUUACCUUUUGUUAUAGGCCAGAGAAAACUCAAAUAGUUUUUAAUUCUCUUGGGUGAGACAGGAAUUCCAUCAGCCUUCACACAGCCCCUCAUUGGUGGUUUUUUUCUUUCCACUUCAACUUUGAUGCUUUCCCUUGGUACCUAUUGGCAUUCUGUAAAUCCCGCUACGUGGUCAUCUGAGUCAUUUUCAGACCCCUCCUCAGGGGGAGAGCAUAGCACCAGACCAUCUGCACACUGGAAUCACAGAGCAGCCAGGCCCCAUUGCAGUGCGAGCUGUAGUAGACCUCUGCGCCAUGGUCCAGCUGUGCUGGUGGCUUUUCUGAGCAAAGACUCUCUGUGUGGAUGUUUACAUAAGAAUUGCACACACAUGCAGACUCUAGUACCUGAACACUUGAUCUGCACUUCGUGCUGACAUUAUGGAGCCUUUAGAAGGUGCAGCCUUGCAGGAGUAUGUAUGUCCCCGGGGGUGGACUUUUGAGAGUUUAUCACUUUGCCCCACUUGGAGUUGCUCUCUGUGCUUUAUGUUGGCUGUUGAAGAUGUGACCUCUCAGCUUCCUGCUCUGGCUUCUUGUUGCCAUGACUCCUGUACCAUAUGGGCGCUCUCUCUCUCUCUUUCUCUCUCCCCCCCCCCCACCAUGGUGUUUAUCAGAGCAACAGGAGAGUACACAGUGCACCUUCACAGCUGGAAUAUGACGGAAAGCUGGACAAAGCUUGAGUACUGUGAACCAUUUUGAAACCCUUGGUAAGUCUUUGAUUUGUCUGCUUCCGCUGGGGUCCCCACUGCAGACAACACGGUUUUCGCAGUAGAUUUUCCACCCUGUAAAGCUUUUUCCUUGACCAGCGUUCCUUCCAUACAGUUUAUACCGCAACACACUUUUGUCCACUGAGCUUUGGAAACGUGGCUAUUCCGUAGGUUGCAAAGCUGCCUAGUCCUGCCUCAUUCAUUCACUUGUGAUACUUAUCACCUGACUUACCUUACAACUGACUUAGUACCCGUGGGAUGAUUGGUACCACUUGAGCAUUGUGAAUAGCUUUUCUUUAUUUAGAGCAGGUUUGAACAAGUUAAGUCUAUCAAUUAACAUUAUGUGUCUUGCCUCUUUAGAGGUCAGUAGUGAUGUGGAAUAUUCACCCAGCUUCGCUCUCCUGGGGGCAAAGAUGCGAGUAGCAACAUUUGGCAUUUGUUGUUUCUUACACAAGACUGGUUUUUAAAUGUUGCAAAUGUUUACUUCAUUGUAUUCUUUCCCUGUCCAUUUCAGCUCACUGAAAUUGUGUAUCUAAUAUGUGAUAUUUGGAUUAGAUAAAACGUAAAGUGUUGUAAAUGUUUUCAAAUAAAUAAUCACUCUCA